AAAUAAAUCAAGUAAAUGAAUAAAUCAAAAAUCAAAAAAACACUAUUGUUUGUUACGUCAAGAGCCAAUAGUUAGCUCCACUUGUACCUUUUCUGAGCUGGAAAUGCCGUUUGUCACCGUUUCAAACAAAAUAUCAAUAUAUAUUUAAACCAUGCUAAUCUGACAUAAGACAAUAAUGUGAUAGACACAUAUUAUAAAUUGUAAUUGUAAUUUUGUUUAUUUAUUAUUAUUUAUUUUACUGGGUAAACUUUUUUUUGCUUAAAUUGCUCCAAUAUGUCACACAUGUACAGAAAAGUUUAAAAGCGCACGUAAAAAAUGAGUGACAGCAAAGUUAAACUGAAAGUCAAACACUCUGGAUAUAUUUGCUCAAACCACCUGUAGUGAUAUAACAGCCGCCUGAAGACAGUGAGUGUCACUCAGUUACUCAUUCAGUCAGUCAUCUGCAGUGGAGCUGCUGCUCAGACUUUCCCGGCAGUCAUGAACAUAACCUGACGUCUAUUUGGUGCCAAAGCCUGUCCUUGUGUGGAGGAUAUUGCCUUGAAGUCUUCAUGUGAAACACUGGCAGUCAUGUCAGAAUUGUGGUUGAUUUCUGUCCCUCUGGACAAGGCCAGUAUAACCAGUGUAGAGAAACUUAAACACACCAUUGCCAAAGCCAACCUGGCCUCCUGCUUCAUGUUCUCCAUUCCAGAUCUCAAGGUGGGAAUACUGGACAGUCUGCUCAGCGUGUCAGAUGAUCUCUCCAAGCUUGACUCAAAGACUGAAAGUGUGAUUAAAAACACAUAUCAGUGUAUGAGGGAGGUGAUGGAGCAGUCCAGUGACAAAGUGCUGGAAAAUGCUCUAGCCAAUGGAGUGGACCUGCUGAGUUACGUGACCAGGUUUCAGUGGGACAAAGCCAAGUAUCCCACAGCUCUGCCUCUCUCCUGCCUGGCAGACAUCAUCAACAAGGAAGUUUCCCAGGUGGAGGUGGAAUUAAAAUCCAGAGCUGCAGCGUACAACAGUGUAAAAAUGAGCUUGCAAAGCUUUGAGCACAAACAACAUGGGUCCUUGCAAACUCGCAAUUUGAGUGACAUAGUAAGAAAGGAAGACCUGGUGGUCUCAGAGUACCUCACCACUCUACUGGUGUUAGUGCCCAGAGGGAGCUACUCGCAGUGGGAGAGAACCUAUGAAUCUUUGUCAGAGCUCGUAGUUCCGCGGUCCAGCAGGAAGCUGUACGAGAAUGAGGAAGGAGGCAUUUUCUCAGUUACGCUUUUCAAAAGAGUCGUGUGCAAAUUCAAAGCCAAAGCUCAGGAGAGCAAGUUCAUUGUGCGUGAGUACAGCUUUGAUCUGGAGGAGAAGCAGCAGCAGGAGAUGAAGCAGCUUAGUGUUCACAAGAAGGAACAAUAUGGAAUCUUUGUGCGUUGGUUGAAGGUGAAUUUCAGUGAAGUGUUUGUUGCCUGGAUUCACUUGAAAGCACUGAGGGUGUUUGUGGAAUCAGCUCUUAGGUAUGGAUUACCAGUGAGCUAUCAGGCUCUUUUGCUGCAGACGGACAAGAAGCAUUCAAAGAAACUGAGAGAAAGCCUCUCCUCGCUCUUCAUGCAUCUAGACCCCAUGGCCACUGCCAGCAAGACAGAUGUAUGCAGUGACUUCCCAGGACUCUGUCAGCAAGAGUACUUCUCCUACAUCUGCUUCCAUAUCAACACCAAUGUGCUGGAGAUCAGCUAACAGUCAGCUCAGAGAGAACCCACACAGGGACCAAGCUGUGAGGGCCCUGAUGCUCCUGUGGUGGAUGGCUGCAAACCAGUCAGAGCCGAGAGAGAAGACCGUCAAAUCUAAAAUAUAUCGCAUCUUGUAAAGAGUAUAUCCAUGAAAAUCUACGUUUUCAACAUUUCAAACCUAAUCAAUCCCUUUGGUGUAAAUGGUGUAAAUUAUCUUGUCAGGUGAGCAGUGGAUGGAUUUGGGUUAUCUUCACCACAGCAACAGCUGCACAUGGACUACACUUUGGGACGUGCUGCAUGUGGAACUGUUCGAACUAUUUGUAUGUUUAAUAGCUGUAAAUACUAAUGUCAGUGUACAGCUUUAAGUAUUUUCGUCCAUUGUAGAUUCUGCAAUAAAACAGGAGUUCAAUGUUAAAGUCAACAGGGUAAUAAUUACUGAGUUUAGUCAAGUGGUUCCCCUUUUGGGUGUUAAGCCCCAUCUAAGAAAUGAAAAAAUAAAAA